UGAAGGAAUGAAGAAUUAACAAAAUUAUUAGUAACUUUAAAUUUUGUCAUUGACAUUUAUUCGCAAAUGAAUUAUGAUUUAGAACUUAUAAUUUUUGAUUUGUGUGAAGAAAUCUAAUUUUGUACUUUUAAAACAACUGGGGGCUUCAAGUUUAAAGUAAAAAUUAAUUCAAAUGUAGCUAUGUGAGGGAUCAAUUAAGCUUGAAAUCAUUUCCUUUAAACUUUGGGCGUAGAAGCACGGCUAUAAAAGCAGGUUUUAUAGAAAGAUUGAAGAAAACGCAUGUACACACGCAUGUACGUUUGUAAACAUAUACAUACACGCAUUCUUAAAUUCUCUCAGUUUAUGAUUCAUAUUAUUGUUUUCUAAAUUAAGCCAGGUUAAAAACUUAAAUUAAAGUGUAAUUUUUAUAUACUUUCUAAUAAAAAAAUUAGUGAUAAUUUUACAAAUAUUGUAAUAAAUAAUAUAUUCUGGGAAUUAUAAAGAUAUCGUAUCACAUUUUAAAAUGACUACUGUGCAUAAAGUUUAUGAAAAGUGCUUAUGUUUAUUAAUAACCCUAACUUUAGCGGGAGUUUUAGGUCAAUAUGAAUGGCAAUCAAGAGAUAGCUUUGAUGAAAUCAAAAGAAGAUUUGAUUCUGUAAAUGGAGAUAAUUGCCUAAUAAAAUAUGAUGCAGACCUGUAUUUGCCAGACGAUGUUGUUUCGCACAAACCCGACAUAAAAGAAAUAAACAUUAACCCAGUCUUUCCAAACAGAACUGCUCUUUUGCAUUUACAUAAUAUGGCAUUAAGUAGAAGUUUCUUUUGGAGUUAUAUACUUCAGAGCAGAUUUAUUCGACCAGCUAUUAAUGACACAUAUGAUCCAGGAAUGAUGUAUUAUUUCUUAUCAACUGUUGCAGAUGUAUCAGCAAAUCCUUAUAUCAAUGCGUCAGCUAUAUAUUUUUCACCGAACAGCUCAUAUUCCUCUUCCUACAGAGGGUUUUUUAAUAAAACAUUCCCAAAAUUUGCGCCAAGGGCAUUUCGAUUUGAUGAUUUUAACGACCCUAUUUAUUUAUUGAAAACGUCUACAAUGAAUACAUUUUCAGUGAAGGAUUUAGGUGCAGUUCCCAAAGAAUCUUAUUCAAAAGAUUAUACAUCCGAUUUAUAUAGGAUUAAUGAAUGGUAUAAGACAUGGUUGCCCGAUAAUGUUGAAAAUAGGCACGACACGAAGACAACUUAUCAAGUUGAAAUCAGAUAUGCCAACAAUACGAAUGAAACAUUUACGUUUCAUGGGCCUCCCGGGGCUGAUGAAAAUCCGGGACCAGUAAAAUGGACUAGACCAUAUUUUGAUUGUGGCCGUUCAAAUAAAUGGUUAGUAGCAGCAGUUGUUCCUAUUGCAGACAUUUAUCCAAGGCAUACUCAAUUUAGACAUAUUGAAUAUCCUAAAUAUACAGCUAUUUCAGUUCUUGAAAUGGAUUUUGAGAGAAUUGACAUAAAUCAAUGUCCUAGUGGUGAAGGCAACAACGGGCCUAAUCGCUUUGCUGAUACUGCGAGAUGUAAAAAGGGAACUACAGAAUGUGAACCUUUGCAUGGUUGGGGUUUCCGUCGGGGAGGAUAUCAAUGUCGCUGUAGGCCUGGUUUUCGUCUUCCAAAUGUUGUACGUCGUCCAUAUCUUGGAGAAAUAAUUGAAAGAGCUUCCUCCGAACAAUAUUAUGAUGGAUAUGAUUGCCUUAAAAUAGGAUGGAUCCAAAAGCUACCAAUUCAAUGGGAGCGCGCACCUUACCACAUUAGACAAAAAUAUUUGGAUUAUCAUCCCGAGUACUUAAAUAGUUCGACAGGACCUAAUUCCCAACAUCAAGAACAUGUGAAUAUUGACGAAGUAUUAAAAUUUAUACAUAGCGUUAACUACAGAACUUGUAAAAAUUUUCAUCCUCAAGAUUUGAUUUUGCGAGGUGAUAUCGCUUUUGGGGCUAAGAGUCAGUUUGAAAAUGAAGCUAAGAUGGCAGUUCGACUAGCUAAUUUCCUAAGCGCUUUUCUUCAGGUAUCGGACCCCAAUGAAGUUUAUUCAGGAACGAGAGUAGCUGACAAACCCUUAACUGAAGAUCAAAUGAUUGGUGAAACUUUGGCACUUGUCUUAGGAAAUACUCGUAUUUGGUCUGCGGGGAUGUAUUGGGAUCGAAACAAGUUUACAAAUAGAACAUAUUUUGCACCCUUCGCAUAUAAAAAAGAACUUAAUACAAGAAAAUUCAAAAUUGAAGAUUUAGCUCGUUUGAAUGAUACAACAAAUAUAUACACUGAAAAACCGGUUUUCAGAUUCCUCAAACAACGCUGGUCAACGUAUUUUGAUGGCUUAGAAACGUUCUAUUUAAAAAUCAAAAUGCGAUAUAAUGAGACUGGAGAACUAGAGCAAAAAUUUGAGCAUUAUCCGACAAAAUAUCGAGCAGCUAAUAUAGAUCAUGGACAUUGGUUGCCACCUCAAUUUGAUUGUGAGGGUUUUGUUCCAAAAUGGAUUAUAACAUACGCUGCCCCAUUUUUUGGCUGGGAUAGUUUAAAAGCAAAACUUGAAUUUAAGGGCAUAGUUUCAGUUUCAAUGGAUAUGCUACAAAUUGAUAUAAAUCAAUGUUCAGAUGAUGUAUACGUUCCCAAUGCUUACAAAAACACCCACAAAUGCGAUACACAAACUUCAUACUGCGUUCCGAUAUUGGGUCGAGGUUACGAUACUGGGGGCUACAAAUGCGAAUGCCUUCAAGGUUACGAAUAUCCAUUUGAAGAUCCCAUAACAUACUAUGACGGACAAUUAGUUGAAGCUGAAUUCAAAAAUAUAGUAGAAAACAAAGAAACAAGAUUUGACCUUUUUAAAUGCCGUUUGGCCAAGGCUUCUGUUACUAGUGCAGCUUUUACAUUAAUUUUAGUUUUAGCUAUUUCGACAAUAUAUUUGUUUUAAGAAAAUUACAUUCGAAACCAUUGUUGACUUUGAUUUUUUUAGUACAUAUAAUAAACAAUUAUUCCACAAUGCAUUAUAACUGCAUUAAUAGAAAUAAAAAAAAAUGUAUUCAUAAGUAUAUAAAAUUUAUAAAAACGAAUUAUGUUAUAACAUGAUACAUAAAUUUUAGUUUAUGGUUUAUAAUUGCAUAUUAACGAUUUAGGAUAGGUAAACUUUAGCGAAUACUUUUAUUAAUGCGAAUAUGAUGAAAAUUUGUAACAAAUAAUCCGUCCAAGUUUCGUACAAAUAUUGUAAAAUAUUUUUAAUAAAAAUUUUUCACUAUUUUAAUUUUUUUGGUUUAAUUUAAUUUUUAUAUGUUUAUAAAAAUU